AGGAUAGCCGUACGGUUGGUAACACUGUCCCGCAUAACGAACGCCGAGAGCUACGCAGAACAGCGGCGUCGCGACUCGUGUAGAUACGCGCGGGUAGUAGUAACUUCUCGACGCGAUUCACGGAGUACUGGUAGUACGGAUUUAGUGUGCAAAGUUAAGUGUAACGAUCGCGUAUACGAGCGGCUCUCGUACGUCGGUUUAACCGUCAAUUCCACUUUCUUCGUUUUUACAUUUUUUCCUCGCGCCCCGCUCCCGGUUAUCAAUGGACACGUCUGUCGGUUACCACGCUACCACGGAGACGUCGGCGGCUGGAACGAUGGUGUCAUCUAAUCAGCCGAGGAAGACGAAAAUAUUCGUCGGCCGGCUGCCGGAGAAUUGUCGCAACGACGAGCUGCGACAAUUGUUCCUGCGCUUCGGCGAGGUGACCGAGUGCGAUGUGAUGAAUCGAUACGGCUUCGUCCACAUGGCACGAGAGGAAGACGCGGCGGCGGCGAUCAAGGCGCUCCACAAUUCCAACUUCAAGGGGGCGACGAUCAACGUGGAACAAUCGACUGGAAAGUCACGCGGAGGCGGAGGAGGUCGCCGGGACGACCGAAGAGGUGGACCAAUGAGAGGUGGUAGGGGGGGACGAGACGGUGGUAGAGACGCUCGUCCUGGACCAUACAAUGAUAGAAGAGUUCUUCCGAUCCAACUCGUUGGUUACGAUGGAUCUGCUGCAGGUGGCGUCGCAACCGGGUACACCGAUUACAAUCGCGGGGCUGGCGACUUUAGCGGCCGUGGGGCGGACUUCGGCGCGGGCUAUGCUGAUCGCGGGGCUUACGGUCAGAACGUGGGUGGUGCGGCGAUGGGUUACACCUCGACGGCACCGGGGAUGGGCGGUGGAUACGGCCCGGCUGCCGGCGCCGUAGGAGGAUACGGGCCGACCGGCGCGACGGACUAUGGGCGAACGGCUGACUACGGCCGCGCCGACUUCGGUGCUCGAACAGAUUAUGUAGUUGGCGGUGGCAUGGCUGGAGAUUUCAAUCGUGGCGCUCCUGGCCCAGUAGAUUACGGUCGUACUGAUAAUUUUGGUGCCAGUCGCACGGUUGAUUAUACAGCAAGAAACGAUUAUGACCGAAGUGCGGCUGGACCGAUGAGAAACGGUGGUGGCGCUGUUGCCACUACUGGGUAUGGAACUGGGUACACUGAUGUGGGAUAUGAUGAGAGUCACUGGCCGAUGAGCACUGGACCUAGCUAUAGCACAGGAGCACCUAGUUACAGCACUGGUCCAGGACCGCAAGCUGAUAUGUUUAGUAGAAGACCCGGCAGUGCUGUGCCCAGUGGUGGAUAUCCACCGGUUGCCGGCGGUUACGCUGAGGGAUAUGACAGACCAGACGCGUAUGGUCCCCCACGUGGCGGUGGCCGCUUCCCAGGUCCGGCAGACGCGAUGCCACCGAGGUACUAAAAGUGUACUAAGCGCGCUAGCGCAUGCGAAAGGCGACCGAAAAACGAAAAAAAAAAUAAAAAAAUAAAUUGUGAACGAAAGUUCACCGCCUUUUAGCAGCGAACACUCGCUUAUCGGACUCGAUUACCUAGGAAUUGCCCACUGCGUUCGCCAUUGAAAGAGUCCACGAUUACUAUAACGAACACUAUAUAACAAUAGAACUUAAUAUCGUUUAAUUGUAUCGUAUAAUGGUAAGGAUAAGAUUAUUAACAGAUGAUAUACAAACAUUUAAUUGAAUUUAAGGUCAGUUUUUUUUUUAAAUACAUCAUGGAUCAAUUUAUAAAUUGAUCGAUUAAUCAAUUUAUUAUUGGUAAAUUCGCUAUCGUUAGCCUAUUAUAUAUGUUUGAAGAGAUUUUUCGGAAUUACACUUUUCGUGCAGUUUGCUUUGAAUUUUUUCCCCUCUCACUGUCUUUUUUCUAUACCGAACAGAUAAAGCCCGAUGAUUGUCUAGCAUGGGUAUAUUUUCCGCAACUUAAUUGUCUUAACACCCAUGUUCGUGUAGAUUUGAUUUUGUUGUAUCUUAUAACGUUAAUUCUACGAAAGGUGACUUAUGCUACAAUAAUACUGCUGUAUAAUCUUUUUUUUACACAUAAGAACUUGAAUAAUAUUUCCAAAUGUUCAUUUAUAAGGCAGAGAAUGGAUAGCAGUUAUCACAAUGUACCUUUAUAUAAAAUGAAUAAAGUGCAAAUGUGAAUGCCCUAAAGUAAUCUUUACGAAGAAGUCUAUAAUAAUGUAAUAUAUACUUUAUCGCUUCUUCUUGCAGUCUUUUUAUGCGAGAUAAAAUCGCCACUAAGUUUACUUAUUUACUAAUUGCCAACGUAUGUCGCUAUACAAUUAGAAUGUUAUUUCAUCGAGUAAUAUUUUCAAUUUUAUCUUAAUUUUUCUCUCUGUCUCAUCUUUUUACAUUACUUUUAUUAUGAGCGUCAAAGUAUAAUCUUUGCUUUGACAUUACGUAACGCUGAUUCAGUUACUUCGUAGAAGAAACCGUCAAGUUACAGCACGACAUCGACAUCGGGUAUAGAGUAUUAGUUGUCCAUCUAAUGCAUCAACUUGUGUCAUUCGUAGGAGCGAGCAGAGCAAGCCAAUUAGUAAUAAUCAGCGUGCGUGCAACUGUUAUUUAAUGUCAAUUCUUAAUUCGACGACGUUCUGCAUUGUAAUCUUGAGCCACUUCUAGGAUUAGUCGAACCAUACGCGAGAAUGAUUAUAUCUUUUUGUGCAAAGUAUUCAACGAUCUUCACAUGGUGUGAGAAUCCGUUUAGCAGCCUAGUUUACACCAAUCGUUUGGCAUGCGUAUUAAAUAGUAAGUAACUAGUAAAUUGAUUCAUUUAUUGGCCGAGUAACUUAAAUGUAUUACUUGACACGCACGCCAGAGGAUCGGGAUAAAUUAGAUUAAUAGCUUGAAACGUGGGAAACGUCGAGAGAUGCGUUGGGUGAUUGUAGGAGCACAAAGAAUUCGAUGACAAUGCAAAACGUCAAGUCAAUCUCCAGCUUGGUGCAGUUUACUUAGUUAGGCCUGUACUGAAACGCCGAUUUGUGAACGUGCGGUGAACGCGUUGCCGAACACGUUAUCCUGGUGGCGGCGGGCGGCAUGUCGACCUGUGCGAUUAUUGAAGAAACCGAUUACAACGAUUACUCUCGCUAUGCGUGGCUACCCGUAGAUGCGGCGAUCGGCGAAUAAAGCAACCUGCGAUAUGUGGAUAAUGCGCCACAAAUUGCGUUUGCGCUCAAAGCUGGCGUGCUUUGAAUUUAACCAGGAAAAGAUUACAAACCGGAUGAGGACAAACCGAUGGACAUUGAGAUGAACUCAAUGGGAACCGCUAAUUAUCCCCAGGAGCAUUCACUGUCAGUGAACUCGUUUGCUCGUUCGGGAGACGAGAGUUUGAAGACGGAUAAUAAUGCCUGGCUGCUUGUAACGAGAAAUAAGAAAUCACACAGGAAGUAAAGUACGGGAUUGCUAUCGAUUAUUGUGCAUUCUCAUGUAUAAAUGUAUAAAUUGCGUUGUUAUCCAUAACCAUCGAUAACAAUAUAAUGUCACAAGGUAAUUUUUUAACAAUAAUAAAACUUUAUGGCGA